GAAAGACUACCUCAAUGAAUAUGCAGAGAGUUUCCCACAAGUCUGCAUUCUCCUGGAGGCCAACAUCGACAGGUGUAUUUACGGUCAGAGAGGGUUUGAGGAAAGCACCUUUCAGGAGAUGUGGACUCUCUACAGCAAGUACCCCACCCAAAAGGACAGGCCAGAGCUAUUCAGUGAGGAGGAGAAGGAGAUAAUAAAGAAAGCAUACAGUUCUGUGAGGAGGUGGCUGCACACACCAGUGACCCACAUCACAAGUGUGCAGAUGAAGCGGUUCAGGAAAUAUAUUGUUGACAAGGAGCAACAACCGCAGGCAAGCACCUCCAAGUGUGAUCCUUCAUCAUGGCCAGGGGACGACAGUGAACUGUUAGCUGCAAGCCAGGCUGUUGAAGACACAAUCAAACAGUUCGAGCCCCCUGUCCGGCCCAAGCAGCCCGAGCCCGCUGUCCGGCCCAAGAAGCCCGAGCCCGCUGUCCGGCCCAAGCAGCCCGAGCCGCCUGUCCGGCCCAAGAAGCUUGAACCCGCUGUCCGGCCCAAGAAGCCCGAGCCCGCUGUCCGGCCCAAACAGCCCGAGCCCCCUGUCCGGCCCAAACAGCCCGAGCCCCCUGGCCAACUCACAGAGUCCCCGUCCACAGCACAGGAUCAUGAGGGUCAGCCUUUUCCCACGGAAUCACCUCUGAGUGACUCCCCUGUGGAGCUAGAGGGUUGGGUGCGUCUGUGGGAAAACCCCAAUGGCAUCCCAUCUGCAGACAUUUCCUGGCUCAAAGACCACAAUGAAAGAGGGCUGUUCACACCCGUUCAAAUCUAUAAGGACAAAAGUGGUCUGUUCAGGAGGCGACGGGUGAUGAAAUCGGACCGCAUGUGGUUUUACCCAGAAGAACCUCCCGGCUACGUCAGGGUACUCCUGAAGUGUCCUCGAGGGGAUCAGUGUCUGGGUAGAGGACGGAACGUGCACCUCUACAAGUCUGGCUAUCACCACCGGGUACGUCACAUCUGUGACGUGUCCACCUGGUACACCAUGCUCACUGAGGUCCUGUGCUGUGGACCAUGUACAAAAGCGGCCAGAAGCGGAGAAGGUGGCACAAUGGGUCGGUGGCUUGCGUGGGAUGCCGCUAUUUUGUCCCAGCUUAGCGAGGCUCACCAAGCUAUGUUCCCUGCCAUCCUCACCAGCAAGCGUGGCGUGGAUAGGACUGUUGUGCGCCUUCUGAGGGACCGGACGGAAGGGAACACCAUGGUCAAGGUGUGGCGGCAGAUACAGGAGAACCACGUUGAAGAGUACCUUCAGCGUAAGGACCUGUACACCACACUCCUCAUGACUGUCGUGAAACCUGGAGGGAUCGUUUCUGCACUAAGGCACACUUUCCAGGCUCCACCUCCUCCAAGAGAGCUCCCCUCCGCGCGGCUCCUGCGCCACGCCUUCCUGCUGGCGGAGGCCAACAACGUGCAGGAUUACCGGAGCCAGAUCCUCUCCACUUUUGGCACUGUGCUGAAAAUGGAUUCCACCAAGAAAGUGGUGAAGAAGCUGUCUGGGGAGGGUGGAGGCUCAGCUGAGUGGUUCACCAGCAUCGGAAACGAGCACUCCCAGAUAGUUUCAUUUGUGCUGACCUGUGAGGAGUCCACAGAGAAGCUGAAACCGAUGUGCCUUGGGGUCAUGGAGAGGUUCCGGCUGGCCAAUCAACCAGUCCCAAAAAUUAUAUACGUGGACCGUGGGUGUUGCCGUGCGCAGGGCCCAACAGCGCUGGGGAUUUUGUUCCAGCCUUGGGUGGACAACGGGAUGGUUGUGCGUCUGGACAUCUUUCACUGGAUCCACCGGUUUGAUGCAGCCAUACGCACAGAGUCCCACUCGAAGUAUGCUGCAUUCAAGUCUGCGCUAGCUGGGGGAGUGCUGGCCUAUAACCGCUCAGACCUGGAGCUGCUCAUCAAGGCCAUGAGAGCCAAGGACCCGGCAACGCUGAUGACUGUGUCAGAUGAGGAUAUUGUCCGCCUCUCUACAUUACCAGGGAGCACCUCAAACACCACGUGCGAAGGGUCACACUGGGAGCUCAGGAAACAUUCCGGCUCAUCCAUCUGGCCAUUGAGGAGCUGA